GAAGAAGAAGAAGCAGAAGCAGAAGAAGCAGAAGAAGCAGGAAACGUCAGCGUCCCUGUCAGAAAUGGCCACAGGAGUGGAUCAAGCAGUUGGCGUGAGUCUUGUUGCCUUCAGCCUCCUGCUGUUUACAUACUACUCAGUCUGGGUCAUCAUCUUGCCUUUUGUUGACAGUGAUCAGGUACUGCACAAGUAUUUUCUUCCUCGGGAGUACUCAGUCAUUCUGCCUGGCAUCGCAGCAGUAAUACUGCUCCUCUGUAUAGGGGCCUUCACUGCAGUUCUCACGUGGAAAAAUCGCAAGCCAAAGAAACUGGAAUAAUUUCAAGAUGUUAGAGUGACUGCUGUAGAUUUAAAUACUAACUAAAAUCCUACCUUUAUUCUGUAAUAAUGGCUCCUGAAAUAUGAGCUUCGUGCUUACAAAGUUAGAUUUGUUAAAUAGAAAGUUUCCUAAACUUUAUUUUAUAAUUUGGUCAUAUUUUCAGUUCAGUUAGAGUUGAUAUGUAGAAAUCAGCUUCCGUAUUUCAAGCCAUUUUAAAUCUUUAUCUUGGCGCCCCCAAGUGGCAGUAUAAAUAAAGACACUGAUUGUCUGAAAACAACACAUAAACUGGUCCAAUUUUCACUGGGAUUACUAUUCUUCUACAUACCAAAAUGUAUGUCAUGAGAGUAACUAGAAAGGUCACACAAAAAACUGAGACAUAGUGGCUUGUAAAUUUGUCAGCGGAUCACUUUUACAAAGAGUUCUUAGAUCAGUCACUAUAUUCUCUGCCCUUGUAGGCACUAGACACUGUUAACAGGAAUUCAUUUAGCUGAAGACUUUAUGGCAUAUUAUCAUAUUUAAUAGACCAACAUACUUAAACGUCCCUCCACUCUGUAGGAUUUCAUGGGGAGCUAGUAGAUCUCAGACAACUACUGCAAAGGGAGAACCUAAGACGACCCUGAUUACAAGGGCUAUUGUAAAAGUGAAACAUGAAAUACUUCCAUGAAGGCAGAAUGUAAAUGCAUCAUUUGUGUAACGUGUUGCAUGUUUGCAAGUAUAGCUGACUCAAUCUGUUUAUCAUACUUACACUCUUUUUCCUUUCUGAAGGAUUUUCUCUGUUCGCAUUUUUCAUUGUUUAGCUCCUCAUCAUGACAUUCUUUGACAGCAGUAAUGUUUAGCUGUUUGACAGAUAAUUCAGUUCGAAGUUCAUUUUUUGCAGUACAGAUUUUGGGAGAUGCUUUCCACUCAUCUUGACCCAUUAGGAAUUAUUUUCCUCUGAGGAAGUAAAACAUAAGCUGCUGACACUCCUGCAGGUCAAAGUGAACUGACUAAUUCUAUAAAACACUAUAAACUGACUUUAGGAAACUUGUUAGCUUAACAAGGCUACAAACAACCAUAAUACAUCACUCUCUGUAGGAGCCGGUGUUACACAAGUACUCUCUCCAUUCUAAAAGAAUAUCGGAUGUUGUGAAUACGUAAAUAUCUUGUCCUUAAAUAUAAUAUAAACCCCUAUUUGUAAUAAAGUUUCCAGAAAAAAAGUUCUCUAUUUGAGCUAAUACAGUAAUUGAUAGUAAAAUAGCAGAGGGAAGGAAGUGGAGAGUGUGUCACUGUGCGAAUAAAUUUCAGAAUUCCGACUUCCACCAUUUCUUAAAAUCUUUAAAUACUGUGACACACUGUACAAGAAUCCAUUUCUGUAGUGUGUGAAAGUGUGGAUGAUGUUUUGUAAAUUGUUUUGAAUGUAAACCAACAUUUUGUCUGCAGUCUCUGACACAAACCUACAGUUAAGCUGGAAAUGGGGCUUAUGGUCCUUUUUUCUCUCUUCAAUAAAAUGUUGAUG